AUGGUUUGCGGCGGCUUCACCUGCUCCAAGAACUGCCUGUGCGCCCUCAACCUGCUCUACACGCUGGUCAGCCUGCUGCUGAUUGGAAUUGCAGCAUGGGGUAUAGGCUUUGGCCUCAUUUCUAGUUUCCGAGUAGUUGGCGUGGCAAUUGCAGUGGGGAUCUUUCUGUUCCUUAUUGCUUUGGUUGGAUUGAUCGGUGCAGUCAAACACCAUCAGGUGUUACUCUUCUUUUACAUGAUUAUUCUCUUGCUAGUGUUCAUUGUCCAGUUUUCAGUCUCCUGUGCUUGUUUGGCAUUGAACAAAGAUCAGCAGCGCCAACUUCUAGAGGUUGGAUGGAACAACACAAAGAGUGCUAGAGAAGAUAUUGAGAGGAAUCUAAACUGUUGUGGUUUCAGAAACUUCAAUUCAAGUGAAACCUGCUCUGCUGCUUGUGUUAAAGAUAACAACUGUUCAACAUGUGCAUCUAUAAUAGAAGAAUAUUCAGGAAUGGUACUGAGAUUUGUAGGUGGCAUAGGACUCUUCUUCAGUUUCACUGAGAUUUUGGGAGUUUGGCUGACUUAUAGAUACAGGAACCAAAAAGAUUCUCGUGCAAACCCUAGUGCAUUUCUUUGA